GUUGUCAGCUGUGCCCUGAGCGCACACCCAAAAGCAAGUCACAGUGACACCAAUCAGCGCCAUUGCUGCAGCCAGCCAUUUCUCAAGUCGUCCUCGCACGUUCUGAGUAGUCUAUUUUCAUCCAUCCCGCCCCCACUUGUGGGCUGUAAACAAUUUCCGCCAUGCCAGCCCAAACAACAUGCCCAAUACCCGAAGUCGACCGCGCACUGUCGUCAUACAUCAACAGCCGGGAAGACACAUUGAGGAUCCGACGAACGCUCUCGAAGUACCUCACAUCAAGCCUGAGGCCUGUCAAUGCAGCAACUCAGAACCAGCAUCUGAAUCAUGAAUGUCCGCAGAACCUCUCCGCAGCCAAUACCAACCCUCCAGGCUUGAAGGACGUUCGUCUGGAAUAUUUGCAGGCUCUUCGGGCUAGAUCGCAGGCGCAAGCCAGACAUCGUGAACUCCAGGCAUCGUUGGAAGAUUUACGCAAUCGUUAUGUGGACGAGAACCCGACGCAGCCAGAGUCAGAAUACGACAAUGAGGUUACUCGAGGCUACGUCUCUUUAUUGCGACAGCGCAGACGAUUUGCAGAGCUUCAGGUCAUUCAAGAGUCUCUAGACAAGCUUCUGACCGCAAAGCCUUUGACUGUUGCAGCUGACCCUAGGGCUUCCAUCAAGAGCGCCAUUGGUGAGCAACCAGAUUUACCUGCCGAGAGGUUCGAGCAGCUAGCACAGGCUGAAGAAGACCAGACAUGGGUCUUCAAGCUGAAGCAGGAGGUUCUUGAGGCGCGAACAGCUAUGGAGCGUGCCCAAGCCGCAAGGAAGAAGGCCCAGGACGAGCUUCAGGUUGAGCCAAGCUUGCAGGUGCAAGUUCAUGCACUCGAGCGAGCGAGAGAUGAACUCGUCGACUGGGUUCAAGGAGAGCUGGCUAAGAUGGAGGAAAACAGUGUCUUCCUCGAGGACGCCUCGCCCAUCAAGCGCCCAGUGAACGCCGUAGCACCCGUCGAUCUUGCAUCAGCAGAAUCGCAGAUACGGGAAUCAUACAACAAGUACAUUGAAGCUCGUGCUGGCUUACUUGAAGCUCAUGCAAGCCUUCAGCAGCCAUUGGACGUACAGACUGAGAACCAGAAUGACGGUCAAUCCAUCCCCUCCGAAGACAGCAACGCCACAACGACGAAGCCUGUUCGACCGAUUACCAAGCUCUUGCCCUGUCUCCCACACCUUGCAAAAAUAGCCAAUAAUGAGCGAUCUCUACUCCAGCAAUCUGUAUACCUCCAAAAUCAGAUGGCAUCCGCAAACCAGGACAUGGAGGAAGCGCUUCUCCGGCUCUCUGGCGAAAGCCAUCUAUUACCCGCUGGCUCCAAGGAUGUAGCGAUAUGGGGAAAGAUGGCGCGAGAAGCGGAGGCGGUUACGGAAGAAUUUGUGAAAGAGCGCUUACAGGCUAGCCGGCAAGAAGUGGGAAGUGUGAGCACGAUUGUGGAACUUUGCUCACUGCAGAGUCAGGUCCUGGAAUCGGCUUAGAGAGCAAAUGUGAAAAUUACAUCCACUGAAAGGCUGAAAUCACAGUUGUUUGAAGGAUGAUUGGAGCGCUCUAAAGCCAAGUACUUCGCGCGAGUUGAGUCAGGAUCCCUCUUUGCGCUUGUAGAGGUGAAGGGUACUGCGGCCUUUCGUGCCAGAAUUGACGGGGGAUGCACCAUCAGUAAAAUUGAGUUUGAUAGAGCAUUCUGUCGCGAAAUAUGGUAUCUCUAGACUCC